AUGGUGAAGACCCCCACCAGGCGGCCGAUGCUGCGGUUCCCCAGCAGGACCGUCUCCAGCCCCGAGGCUGAGCUCUGCCUCCUGGACCGGGCCGAGGCCCAGACCCCCGUCCCCAGAACCAGCAGGAGGCAGAGCUCAGCCUCGGGGCUGGAGACGGUCCUGCUGGGGAACCGCAGCAUCGGCCGCCUGGUGGGGGUCUUCACCAUGACAGACGUCCAGCCACUGCUGCUCCUCUUCCUCCCCACGGAAACACCUCCUCUUCACACCGUGGUCAAAGCGGGUCUCCUCGUCCCUGACCACGUCCCCUGUGGCCUGAAAGAGCAGGACGUGCCCGUCUCCUUCUGGAAGGGUCACUAUGCAGUGGCGUGGCUGCACAUUAAGGACUGCCUGGCCCUCGUGAAGGCUCCUCUGACCCUCAUGGGACCGAGCAGACAUCACAGGCCACAUCUUCAGGUCCAGCAUAGCAGUGGUCAGCAGGAGCAGGCUGGAGUCCAGUCUUCUUCAGCUGCUCCACUAAAGCUGCUAACAUGGUGCUACUUACCAGGACAGGCCUCGCUCAGUGAUCUCCUGCUGCAGCUCCUGCUGAAGCUCUUUGACUCCCCUCACUGCAGUUUGCUGCUGGGAUCUGACCUGCUGCUCCACAUCAGAGCGUCUGUUCUGGAUGAGACGGAUCAGCUGAGUGAACAUCUUCUCACUGUCCUUCAGUGUUUUGUCAGCAGACUGAUCGAUGGCCUCCACCUCCUGCUGGAGCAGAUCCAUAUCUUGCUUUUUGUUCUGGAUUCUCUGCUGGAUUUGUUGCCGCCUCCCCUCCAGCUCUCUCUGCCUCUCAGUCCUUUCUGCUGCCGCUGA